UCAAGAAGAGCAGCGGUGUAAGUUAAGACGAACAAUGWCAAUAGAACAAACGUGGUCGCAAGGGGGAGACUCUCGGCCCGURGAUCAAUUGAGCAAUGGUAGGCACAAAUUCAGUAGCUGACAUGUUGUCUUUGUUGUUCGUCACGUUGUUGCUGUUUAGGAACCCGACGCUUUCGAGCAACAAGUUGCCAAUGAGCUUCUCAACCUCGAGAUGACGUCGACUGAGCUCAAGGCAUCGCUUCGAAACRUUUACAUCACAGCUGCCAARGAGGUUGACUGUGGAAGUGGUCGCACUGCCAUCAUUCUUUACGUUCCGUUCAAGUUGCUGAAAUCGGUCAACAAGAUUCACCAGAAGCUUGUCCGUGAGCUUGAAAAGAAAUUCUCCGGAAAGAUCGUUAUGAUCAUCGGACAACGCACGAUUCUUGGAAAGGGAUACACCCGUGACCAAAAGACCAGCGGUCCUCGUCCUCGAUCCCGAACAUUGACCGCCGUUCAAGAUGCCAUCUUGGACGAUGUUGUCUACCCCACCGAAAUCACCGGAAAGCGCACCCGAGUAAAGACCGAUGGAAAGAGAAUCAUGAAGGUCUACCUUGACCCCAGAGACCAGGCCAACGUUGAGGGACGAACCGACACUUACGCCGCCGUCUACGGAAAGCUUACCAACAAGCAAGUUGUCUUCGAGUUUCAACAAUAAACAAUGAAAUAAGAAACAAUAGAGCAACCCCCUUUGAAUAUUGUCAUAAUGGGAGGUAUUCCACGCACCCAUUGCCGAUUCUCGUGUUUGUYCGCUCCGUGGGAACCUGGUGUUUUGUGUCGCGUCGUUGAAUCAGGACUGGAAGUUGUCUUUGUGUYWAAUCCAAAUUUGAUGAAGUUCGAAKGAAACAAUACGCCAGCUCCUCUAGGGAAUACUUUAUAAUGGUUUGGAGGUUUUCCGUGAAGAUUUGGAUGUAUGUGUYUCAUUCGUCCGGAGUAYUGUAGUAGUUCGUUUCGUAUCAAUCGAUGGUAGAUAACGAUGAAAAGMUUAGUCUUAGUUGGAUGGCACAYGCCGAGGCUACWCUCUCGACGAGUUUAUCCAGACAAGGAAUUAAAUCUAGAAUAGUAC